CCCAUAAAAGGAUACAAACCUCACCAUGACCACAGUAGAGACUCUGCAGAGUGAGAGUGGCUUACCUUGACUCAGCUGGCAAAUCUGAGUUUCUGGCCAGAUGACCAUGACGCGACUCAACUUCCUGCUUUUUAUCAUCCUGGCCACCAGAAGUUGCAGUGCAGUUAAAAAGAACCUGGGAACCAACAGAUGGGCCAAUCCUGUGUCUUCCUCUCUGUUCAGAAGCUGCAAGGAAAUCAAGCAAAAUGUCACUGGAGCCCAAGAUGGCCUCUAUUUCCUCUGCACGGAGAAUGGUGUCAUCUACCAGACCUUCUGUGACAUGACCACCGCAGGUGGUGGCUGGACCCUGGUGGCCAGUGUGCAUGAGAACAACAUGGGUGGGAAGUGCACGGUGGGUGAUCGCUGGUCCAGUCAGCAAGGCAACAGAAUCGACUACCCAGAGGGGGAUGGCAACUGGGCCAACUACAACACCUUUGGGUCUGCGGAUGUGGCCACGAGUGAUGACUACAAGAACCCUGGCUACUUCGACAUCCAGGCUGAGAACCUGGGUAUCUGGCAUGUGCCCAACAAUAGCCCCCUGCAAAAUUGGAGGACCAGCUCCCUGCUGAGGUACCAUACAUACUGUGGCUUCCUGCAGCGUAUGGGCCAUAAUCUGUUUGGACUGUACCAGAAGUACCCGGUGAAAUAUGGAGAAGGGAAGUGUUGGACUGACAAUGGCCCAGCUUUCCCUGUAGUCUACGACUUCGGUGAUGCUCAGAAGACAGCUUCUUAUUACUCACCCCUUGGCCAGAGUGAAUUCACUGCAGGAUACAUCCAAUUCAGAGUGUUUAACAAUGAGGGAGCAGCCAACGCCUUGUGUGCUGGGAUGAAGGUCACUGGAUGUAACACUGAGUUUCACUGCAUCGGUGGAGGAGGAUACUUCCCAAAAUCUGACCCCCUGCAGUGUGGCGACUUCUCUGCAUUUGAUUGGAAUGGAUAUGGAACUCACAAUGGGUACAGCAGUAGCCAGAAUAUAACUGAAGCAGCUGUCCUUCUGUUCUAUCGUUGAGAACCUUGUGGUGUGGGACCCAGAUUUCUGCUCCAGUUGUGGACUCACAUGCAUGGAGAAAAACUUACCUAGUAACUAGAAUGCUAAUGACAUAGGAAAGGAGAAUAAACCAUGUUCACCGCAGGCUUGGUGUCUUUAUGAAUCCUUUUUGUGCAAGGAUGGGAGAUUUCAAAAGAGUUUCUGCUGGCGUGUUUGCUAAUCUUGUGAUAUCAGUACUGGAGAAUCCUGAUAUAGCAAUAUACUUUUUUUAAUUUAUUCUUCUCUCAUAUAUUACAUCCUGACAGCAGCCUCCCCUCCUUCUCUCUUCCCAAUCCCUACUGCAUUGUCCUCUCCUCCAGAUCCACUCCUCCUCCAUUUCCCUUCAGAAAAGAGCAGGCUUCCCAGGGCUAUCAACCAAACAUGGUAUAACAAGUUACAAUGAGACCAGGAAUAUCUCCUCCUAUUAAGGAUGGACAAGGCAACCCAGUAGCAGGAAAAUGUUCUGGAAUAUUCCUUUACACUGUGUGAAUUUAUGUUACUGUGAUUGGCUUAAUAAAAAUCCAAAUGGCCAAUAGCUAGGCAGGAAAUAUAGCAGGAACUUCUGGACAGAGAGAGCUCUGGGAAGAUGAAAGGCAGAAUCACCAUCCAUACGCAGAGGAAGACAGACAUGAAGGAGAAGAGGUAAAAGUCAUAAGCCAUGCAACAGCACAUAGAUUAAUAGAAAUGGGUUAAUUUAAGUUAUAAAAACUAGUUAGGAACAAGCCUAAGCUAAGGCUGAGCUUUUAUUAUUAAUAAUAAGUCUCUGUAUCACAUUUUGUGAGCUGGCAGCACAAAGAAAAAUCCCUUUAAAUAAUGGUGUCCAUAGGUGAGUCAUGUAUUUCCAUAUAAGACCUGAAUAAAACUCGUAAACAGUGUUUCUCUGUUCCACCCUGUCCUGAAGCCAAUUCCAAAUAAUCACUCAGAGGCUUAUAUUAAUCAUAAAUGUUUGGCUGGUAGCACAGGCUUAUUGCUAACUAGCUCUUACACUUAAAUUAACCCAUAAUUCUUAUCUAUGUUUAGCCACACAGCCUGGUACUUUUUUUCAGUCCAACAUUCUCAUCUUGCUGCCUCUGCAUCUGGCUGGCAACUCUUGACUCCACCCUUCCUCUUUCCAGUAUUCUUAGUUUGGUUGCCCUACCUAUACUUCCUGACUAGCUACUGGCCAAUUAGUGUUUUACUGAACCAAUCUGAGUGACAAAUAUUUACAGUGUACAAGAGGAUUGUUCCACAGCAUUUCCCCACUUUUAUCUAAUUAAAAAGGACAGUUUUAACUUUAAUAUAAUAAGAUUAUAUACAAAAAAAUAAUUUCUCAGUAAGAAUUACAGUAACACUAUCUAAUCCAUUUGCAUUUGGUGAAAUCACAGGAAACACUUAAUUAUCUGUCUUAUCUUGGUGAGUCUAAAGUUUUGCAUCUAAUUUACUUCCUAUUUAACUAAGGAAAACUAUCAUUAUAACUAUUUAGUCUUCAACUCCAUCAAAGACCCCACAAGGGUGAAAUGUUACCUAAUAACAGGGACAUCAGGAUGUCUGGACAGUCACCAAGAGUUCCCCUGUAACACUGGGGCAUCCAACUCUGGCCUACAGGCCUAUCAUACCUGACAGACUUUUUAGUGAAUCAGAAAGUUUGAAGGACUGUCUGCCUAUAUUGGCAAAUUCUGUCAGUCACUUUCCUCUGGGUCCUUCAGAAUAUCUGGCAGUUUCUUCUGUGAAGUAGGAUUUUUGAAGGACUGUCCUGCCUUGUCUUGGCAAGAUUCAGUAGUCACUUUCUUUUGUGUCCUGCUUGUCCAGUUUAGACAGCAUAGUGUCAGUGGUCGAGGCAAGGGUACUUUCUUGCCCAAUGACUAACUUUUGCCACAAAGAAAACAAACUCCAUAUAGAGUUUCUCCAAUGGCCAUCAUCUUUGCUGAAGUAAUUAGUGCUUGCAGGAGCAGAUGUAUCUCAUUGUCAUAAAAAAAGAAUCUUAUGUUAUUUAAAACAUCUUAAAUGCCACAUUCUUUAGGUCUCUAAAGUGUUUGUAGACUACCUGUCUAUCUAAAAUAUAUCUCUGUUUGACCUUGAAAACAUACCUAACAUGACUACAAGUUUGAUUGUAACAGGACACUCACUACUAAUCUGCAUUUUUUAUUAUCCUAAAUAAUUUAUAAUAACAACUUUCAAAGACUAUAAAUUUACAUUAAAUUGUUAAAUGAGCUGUAUAGGUACAGUCCCUUCAACAAGAGUAGUAGAAAUGGAUGUACAGUAUGUUUUAACAAAAAUAACCUUAAAUUUGUAUCAAUAUAAUAAAAUCAGUAUCAAUGUAAAAUAUUUAAAA